GCCCGGAUGUAUGCUGCGAUGCUUGCCAGUCUGGCGAGCGAACUCCAGAAUCUCCGCGAGCUCAUCUGCCCGACGAUCGGCGACGACUGCAGCACCUCCAGGCCCCUCCUUGGCGGCACGCUGGCAAAGCUCCGGGAGAUCCGCACCGCUGAAGCGCCCAAGGGAGUCCUUGCUGCCAAGGAG